CAGUUGAUUUCAUUUUCAUGUGGAACACGUGAUUUAUUUUAUAGAUUUUUAUUUAUUUAACUGUUUUUUUAAAGUUUCAAAUGAUAUCAAGUUUCUUUCUUAUUAUUUUUUAAGAAGCAAGAACAAUGAACAAAUAUUGGAGUAAUUUAGGUAUUUGAAGUCAAUAUCUAUUGAGAUAACUAUAAACAAAUAAUAAUAAACUCGGUUUUGCUUCAAAGGAAACUAAUCUCCAAUAAAUAGCCGUUUGCAAAAUUUCAAUGAUGGCUAUAAGCUGAUAGUGAUACUUGUGUAUAAUAGUUGUGUUUUGACCAUUGCAUUGUUUUCAAACUAUAUUUUGAAGAAAAGAUGAAGUUUGCCGAACAUCUCAGUGCCCACAUAACCCCAGAAUGGAGGAAGCAAUAUAUAAAUUACGAAGAAAUGAAAGCCCUAUUAUAUGUGACUGUCGAAAACGCGCCAUCUCAAGAAAGCGUAGAACCAGAAAACAUAACAAGACACUUCGCUAACUUCGACGAAUAUUUCUUUCUCUACUGUGAUAAAGAGCUGAAAAAAAUUAACACCUUUUAUUCGGAAAAACUGGCUGAAGCGACCAGAAAAUUUGCUACACUGCAAGCUGAAUUGAAAACGGCUACCUCUGAUAUUCUUCAAAGAAGAAGAAGGGAAUCUACAGUGAAGAAACCUCUAUCUACAAGAAAACUCCAAGAACUAAAAUUGGCUUUCAGCGAAUACUAUCUUAGUUUGAUUCUUUUACAGAAUUAUCAAACGCUCAACCAUACGGGUUUCAGAAAAAUUCUGAAAAAACACGAUAAGCUUUUUAGCAAUGAUUUGGGUUUGAAAUGGCGAGAAGAACACGUUGAAACUUCUCAUAUCUGUACAAACAAAGAUAUCGAUAAACUGAUUGUCGAUACAGAGGCUACCGUAACUAAUGAGCUCGAAGGUGGCGACAGACAAAAGGCUAUGAAACGUCUUAGGGUGCCACCUCUUGGGGAGCAGCAGUCACCGUGGACAACAUUCAAAGUUGGACUUUUUUCUGGGUCAUUCAUCGUUCUUUUGAUAGCUGUAGUUCUUGCAGCUACAUUUCAUACUGGAAUUGGUGAUAACCUGAAAAUAGCAUUCCGACUUUACAGAGGACCACUCUUGUUUAUAGAAUUCUUAUUUUUAAUUGGCAUAAAUAUUUAUGGAUGGAGAUCAUCUGGAGUGAACCAUGUACUUAUAUUCGAGUUAGAUCCUAGAAAUCACUUAUCUGAGCAACAUCUGAUGGAGUUGGCUUCCAUUCUAGGGGUUAUUUGGGCAUUAAGCGUUCUCAGUUUUUUAUUUAGUGCAAGCCUUAGCAUGCCUCCGUUUGUUAAUCCUUUGGCCCUGACAUUAAUAAUGAUAUUGUUUUUAAUAAACCCCUUCAGAGUAUUCAGGCAUGAAGCCAGAUUCUGGCUGUUGAGAAUAACGGGAAGAGUUAUUGGUGCUCCUUUUUUUUCUGUAAAUUUUGCUGAUUUCUGGCUGGCGGAUCAAAUGAAUAGUUUCGUUAACGCAUUGCUAGAUUUACAAUUCCUCACCUGCUUUUAUUAUACUAAUGGAAACUGGUUAGAAGAAGCUGGAGUUUCAGAUACUUCAGGGUGUAUGGAGAAAAAUUUUUUCGUCCGUCCCAUAAUAAACUGCCUGCCUGCAUGGUUCAGAUUCGCACAGUGCCUUAGACGUUAUUACGACUCUAAAGAGGCGUUUCCACAUUUGGUUAAUGCGGGAAAAUAUGCCACUACGUUUUUUGUUGUGUUGUUUUCUACUAUGAAGUCGAUGUAUGCUAGUGAGUACGUCAAUGAAUCACCAAAUCCUUUCCUCAUUGCCUGGUUUAUAGCGCAAAUGAUUAGUUCGACAUAUGCUUAUAUGUGGGACAUACGAAUGGAUUGGGGUUUGCUCUCCACAAUGUCGAAAGGGGACAAUCCGUUCCUUCGCGAAGAAAUCGUAUAUUCUUCUGUGCACUUCUACUAUUUCGCCAUAGUGGAGGACUUCCUCCUUCGAUUCUUGUGGAUGCCUGCAUUUUUUCUAACUGAUGCUAAAAUAAUAAGCUCCGAUUUGAUGACGUCAAUAACCGCUCCUCUGGAAGUUUUCAGAAGGUUCAUCUGGAAUUUUUUCCGUUUGGAAAACGAACACUUAAACAAUUGCGGUAAAUUUAGGGCAGUCAGAGACAUCUCUGUAGCGCCUAUCGAAUCUUCCGACCAAGUAUUGAUCUUACGAAUGAUGGACGAUCCGAAUGGCGUGCAGAACAGAGGAAAGGGAAAGGGCAAUAAGCAAAUGAAGAAGGAAGACAAGAGGCCCUUGUUGUCUGAUGAAAAUAUUCUCAAGACCGUGACCAUUACGCAGGCAUAAAAUGAUGUAUAAUUUGUUAGAUUAUAUACUUAAAACCUUACCAGUGUCAUUUUUAUGGACAAAGAAUCAAAUUCAACCAUUUUUUCAAAGGUGCGAAUCAUUUUUGGCUCAAUAGACAUGAACGAAGACUUUAGAGAUUGUCAACAGUUAUAUAAUCCUAUAUAGCCUGACCAGUGACCAUUUAAUCUAUAAAAUUAUAGCCAUGGAUUGUGCUCAGUAGAUGGUCACGGUAUUUGAAAUCUUUUUAUCGAAAUGGAAUUGCACUCUUCGUUUUAUGAUAUUUCUUGAGAUUUAUAUUUAUUACUAUACAAAUGAUUAUGUGAUAAAUAUAUCAUGAUUUUACCUAA